GCAGCAGCUGCAUCAAUAUGGAGGAGGUAUCAAGCAAGGAAUCAUGCACUCUUUAUUCGCAAGCAGAGAGGAGGAGCCAAUUUCAUUGCUCUGCAGCUUCUGAGGGCAAAGCUUCGCACUCAUGCAUUAGCUGUUUAACAAUUCAGGAAGCAGAUAGGAGUAGCUCAAAAUUUUCAAUCCAAGUUUUUGCUAUCUCAGGCUUCUCAUCUGCUGUCUGCUGUUGAGGUGGUGCCAAGAUCUAUGAACCGAUGGGUUAGAUUGAUCGGAUUUGCAGCUGUUCUUGGACAGAGGAAUUCAUCUUGAGAGGUUCUCGUCAUUUGAAGAUUUAUUAAGUUCCGCUGCAGCUUUUCUCUCUUGGUCUUGGGCGGAGGAAUUCAUCAUGAGUACUACUCAUCAGUUGAUGAUUGGUUAAGUUCGCUGCUACUUUUCUUUCUUGGUCGUUCACAGAUCAUGAGUUCUAUUCGAUCCACGGUGGUGCUGAGAUCCUGAACCUAUGGGUUAAUUAGACUGAUGGAAUUUGAAGAGCAGAUUUUCUCUCUUGGUCUUCCAAGGAGGAAUUCAUCCUGAGUAGUUCUUAAACGAGGAAUUCAUCAUGUGUCCCAAUCAGAUGAAGAUUGGAUUGUGCGCUCUUUAGUUAGUUAGAGAAGAGGAAGAGGAGGGGUUACCUUGUUGCCGCUGUCUGAAGCUUCUCAGUUCAAAGUCUCGUACUCCUGCAUUUCUGGUCCGGUUUAGGGGUGGCCUAGCUAGCAGCUAGCGGUCGUAGUUGAAGAACAAGAUCAGAGUACUUCGGAAUUUUCAAUAUACAUACUUGUGUUUUGGCAAGCUGCUGUUAUCUGCCGUCACGGGGGGUAGGCGAGACAUCUUCCGACCAAUGGGUUAGACUGGUUGAAUUUGAUCGAGUCCUCAUCGGUUGACACUGAUUGAUUAAAUUUCUAACUGAUUUUCUCCAUUGGUCAUCAGCAGAGGAAUUCGUCAUGAGUGGUCCUAUUCCGUCGCGGCUUGGUGCCAAAGAUGUUAACGGCUUGGUGCCAAAGAAGGUCAUAUAUUUUGAUGGUUGGAAUGGAUUUGGAGCAUCCGCUGUUCUUAAAUCCAUAGCUGCAACCUGCAAUGCUUCCAUCUGGGAGAACACCUCCGGAACAGGUCUUCCACACAAAAAUUCUUAUAGAUUGCUCAAAGUGGAAAAAUAGAAGAGGAGUGCAGAGGGCAAUUGCAGAGGAACUGGAACUUGAUCGCUCUGUAAUGGGUAUUCUAAAUGAGCGAGAUGUAGAUGAUGAUUUUUGGGGAAAUGAUGAAAGCUCAAGGCUUGAGAUAGAUAGUGUUAGUCAAGUGAUUGAUAGGACCCUGAGGGAUAUCAAACUUAUGAUAAUUUUUCUUAAUGGGAGUGAUGACGAGGUUGACGUAGGUCCAAUGGGUAUUCCUCUAGCAAGAUACGGCAACAACAGGGUGAUAUGGACCUUCAGAGGAAGCUGCAUGUCCAUGCAUCAUAACCAAUCCAAGGUGGCAAGCAAGCUAAGAUCUACUGAGUUGUUUUGGUAUUGCUCCAUUGAAAAUUUGACAAGCUCACAGUUUCGUGGAUUGCUACAUCAACAAGCUGGUAGCAUAGUUGCUCGCAGCCCAUGUAGGCUGGACAUUGACCAAACAAUUAUUGCAGAUUGUUGUCUCUACGAGUUAUUCCUACACCAUAAUUUCCACACCGUCACUAAAUUUGAUUGGGUUUCUCAUGCUUCUAACUAUUGGAUAUGCGAUGGGAUCAUACAAUGGGAAAGAGCAAGGGAUAUUAGUAAUGCAUUGCAUCUAGAGAUAAAUUGGAAGUGUGACGCUUCUCUGCUAAAUCAUGUUCUUAAAAUGUUCAUGGAACAUUCAGAGUCUCCUUUUCUGGCAAUUAAAGAUGAAGAUCUCUAUGAAGAAGGCCCAUACCGUUGGAUUUCGGUCACGUCGAGAGAUGCAGAAGUACAUGGGAUGAAAGCAAUACCUGCAGAGGCGUCAUCUUUCUUCUUGGCAUUUGAAAUAUCCAAUCCCCCAAGAGCUUUACCAGGUGGAUUUUUUGAUUAUUGCAGCAAGCUUGGCGUUCUAACGCUCUAUUGUUGUGCGUUCAAUUUUGCUUCACCUUCUUUUCUGAAGUGUCAUGGUCUAAGAUUUCUUGGACUAGACCACUGUACAGAUGACAAAACAGUUGAAGGAGAACAUAAUACAGACUGGUUAUUUUUGUAUAGCUUGUGGGUCCUGGAUCUACGAUACACAAACUGGAAUGAAAUCUUAUCUAAAGAAAAGAUGGAUCUCAUGACCAAAAUCAGAGAGCUAAUAUAGAGGGAGUCAUGGGCUGGCAGUGCAUAGCUCACCUACAACGCCGGUUACCUAACCUCCAGAGGCUCCGGAUAAUCAAAACAACAUGUCAAUGGGAGACAUCAGAUGACGUCGACAACUUCUUUAUAGAAAAGACAAGUAUGGAAAUACUGGACUUGUCUGGCAAUUGUGGCAUGAACAUUCUACCAAGAAGUCUAUCGAAGGCAAGUAGCCUCCGGUUGCUUGUAGUUGAUGGUUGUGAUGGACUAGAAAGCGUUGGUGGGCUUCCUCCCUCCCUCGAAUCCUUUAGCUUUAAUGGAUAUGGGCCAGCUUCUCAAUGGACACAGAGUGUUGAGGUACCUCCGGAACAAUUUCGUCCAUCCAGCUCAAAAAAAAAGAAUGAUGUCAUAAUAUCCAAGAUCUCCUUAGCAGGCUGCACACAAUUGGAGAAUUUGUUCUUGUGUUGGCUACCCAACCUAGUGGAAUUGGACCUCUCUGGAACAUCAAUCAAGAUACUUGACUUCAAGACCAUGGUUGUGCAAACCCCAAAGUUCAAGCGACUGUUUCUAAUAGGAUGCAAGCACCUUCGUGCAAUAAAAAUUCUGUACGAGAGUGUUUCUGACCUGGAGUUAAUGUGCGUAGACACGCGACCUGGAGUCGUGUGUCCUCGACCAUCCAUCAAACCAGGUUGAAGCUGCAUGCUGUUGUUGUAGAUGCAAGACUUACUCACUCCUUGUGGAAUCUGAUCUCUAGUUAUAGACAAGAUGAUGCUCAUUUUAAUAUCCACGUCACCUCCUCACCUGAUGGGAUUAUUCAAUAUGAAACAACCAGCAAGGAUAUGAUUGGCACCAGUGAUCAAGAGAGUCUACAUCUUAUUCCAACAGACCAGUAUGGUGAUGUCCUUGGGAUGGUUGGCGCUGCCCCAAUGCAAGCCUUUCCACAACCUCCGAGUACAAAGUCUGAUCGACAUGUAGAGAUUGCUGAAGGGGGCUUCUACGUGGAGAGGGAACUUGACGGAGCACUAGGUCUAGGCCACCUAAUGGAACAUUAUGUGGAAUCCCUGCAUGUGCAUGAUGUCUCGGUACGUACUAUUGCACCACAAGGCCUUUGGUGGGGCAAGCUUAGGUGGUGUUGCGUGGAGAGGUGCCCAAAAGUGGAUACCGUUUUCCCUGGGAAUUCAUUCACAUUUACUGCAUUGGAGACCUUGUGGGUGUCAGAUCUCCUGAUGGCCCGCUCGAUUUUGAGUAAAGGUUCACGCUUUUAUCCAUAUGGCGAUACCAAAUCCUUUGAAAAUUUACAGCACCUUCAGCUGCGUUCAUGCCCCACCCUCCAGUUUGUGAUCCCUCUGUGGGUCUCCUCCUUCCCCAGCUUGGAGACCCUCCACAUCAUCCACUGCAGCAACCUCAGCCACAUCUUCAUACUGGACGAAGAAUACCCUGAAGAAAUAACUACCCGCGGUGUACAAUUCCCAAAGCUUACCACCAUCCAACUGCACGACCUCCCAAAUCUGCAGCAAAUAUGCGAGGUCAAGAUGGUUGCCCCUGCGCUCAAGAGCAUCAAGAUCAGGGGAUGCUGGAGCCUGCGCCGGCUGCCAUCCGUGGGCGCACGUGGCAAUGGCAAGAAGAAGCCGGCCAUUGAGAUCGAGAAGGACGUGUGGGACGCCUUGGAGUGGGACGCCCGCCACCGCCCUGCCCACUUCGAGGCGCCUGUCCACUCGUGCUACUACAAGGAGAAGCUGC